AUGCAGAUAACGAAACUCAAACUCCACGCUCACCAGCUACGGCAGCAGGCCCAGGCGCCGGCCCGUCGCUUGCGAAGCCGUUUCGACUCGGGAGAUGAUCUGCACUAUAUCGACUUUCACCAGCUGCAGAUCGAAAAUGAGCAGUUUGCAGAAAAGAUAGCGGAAGCGAAUAGAGAAGUUCUCCACCAGAAACGCAAUUGCGCAAAAACGCUGCAGACCCAGGCGCAAAUGAAGCAAGCCCUGCAGGCAGCUGUCGAAGAGGCGAAGCGCUUGGAGGCGCAGAUUCAGGACCGGACAGCUCUGCUAAGGAAAGCCAAGCUAGAUGUGCAGAAAGCGGUGAAGGAGAAAGACGCCUCACGAAACGACAACAAGAGGUUACACAUCCAAUCUCGCGCCACGCUUAAGGUGCCUCAAGUACUCGAUUAUGUCGCUGAUAAGGCGGAGGAGUACGAUAUGCAACAGCAAGUGAAGGACUGGAGACGAAAAGUCGAGGUCGCUGAGCUCGAGGCAAAACGCGUAAGACAGAUACUUGAGGGAAAACGUUUACCUCUCGAGACACUCAACAGCAUCAUGAACAUCUCAGGGACUCAGAGUGCAGACGGGCUUCAGGUGAAGGAGUCAGGGAUUCAACUCACGCUUCGAGCUCUGCGUGCUUGA